UUUUGGUUCACGGCGAGAUCUGGACGGUACACGGUGGGUUUGCCGACCAGAAGCCGACCAAUCCCCCCAAAAAGAUGUGGCGGGCAUGAAACCCAAGAACGUGUCUCCGAGAUAAUCAUCUUCGAGGUAAGAAAUCCUUGUAGUCCAUUCUUCAUCCCUUCUGUUGCCUCCUGGUGUCGACUCUGGUCCAAGAAGACGGCAUCACCAUGGCUCCUAUCGUGUCCAACAGCCUGCCGUUUGGCAAGACGCCUCCGCUGUCUACCAUCUCCGGUCCAACAUAUGUUACCGGACAGACCCUCGUUCAACAGGUUGCCUACUUGCUCUCCGACAAGAUCUUCUCCUAUUCCCCCGAGACAUUCGAUCUAGACGCCGCCGCAAAGUCAUGGUCUGAAGCACAAGAGUUGAACGUCAAUGGAUACAAAACCUCGGUUCAUGGAAACCAGGUUCGCAAUGGCGCCGGUGCCAUUGCUCUGGGCUACAUGUUCUCCAAGGACUUCGAUUUGAAAAAGAGACACAUUCCUCAAGGUCUCCUUGCCUCCUCUUCUGCACUUCGAUUCCUGAGACCUGCUCUCGACCAACUGUCUCUGCUCUACUCGGUCAGCAACCCCUUUGUCGCCCAUGUCGCAGCCCUGGAUUACGAUGGAACCCAAGCUGGCGGCCUUGUUGCAGACUACGUGUCUGCCCUGUCUGCUGCUGAGGAUCUUGGUUUCGCCUUGGUCGCAACACAAUCCGCCUACGAGGCUCAACACAUGUCACUUCUUGCCACAUUGCUCGCUCAAGAUGUCCCCACCCUCCACAUUUACGAUGGACUCAGGACCAGCAGGGACACCACCAGGGUCAUUGACAUUCUUGAUGCAUCUGGUCUUGAAAAGGCCUAUCACGCUGUCGCCCAGUCCUUCUCUGGUGAUGAGCGCAAACACCUGGCGGUCGAGGGCAAGGCAUUGAGAACUCUGCGAGCACUCAACGACGAGCUUGGCACUGAUUAUCAGCCCUUUGAGUAUCAUGGGCAUGCAACUCCCGAUGUGGUGUUGGUGACCUUUGGCUCCGUCGAGUCUUCCCUUGCAGCACAAGCUGCGACAUCCUUGGCCAAGGCUGGAACCCGAGUCGCUUCCAUCAACGUUCGCCUCUAUCGCCCAUUCCUAGAGGACCAGUUCCUGAACCUUCUACCAAGAACUGCCACAGUGGUUGGUGUCCUCGGCCAAGUGUCUGAUCUUCAGGCAGUCCAAGAACCCGGCGUUCACUCUCAUCUCUAUGAAGAUGUCCUCGCUGCCAUUUCCUUCGGAGGGUCGCUCCAUAAUUUACCUGUGGUUCGUGAUCUGAAGUAUUCACGCAACGAGAGCUUCAAUCCCUCCUCAAUCGCAGCGACCUUCCAACUCUUGCUUGGUAAAUCCCAGAAUGACCAAUUUGAUUCACCCUUGGACAAAGCCGUGCAAGAGUACACCUUCUGGAACACCGACGAUGCUUCCUCAGCAUCUGCAGCAAACCUGUUGGCUCAAGCAUUGGCCAAGGACUCCGCUCAGAAUGUCACUGUUCAUACUACCCAUGACAACUUGGUGCAAGGAGGUAUCCACAAGGUUGACAUUCGGAAAUCUCCCACGAGCUUAGACGCCUCGUACCCGGUCACUGCCGCCAGCACCGCCGUUGUCACUGACAUCAAGUUGUUGUCUGAGUUUGACAUUGUUUCAACCAUUAAACAAGGCGGAAAUCUCAUUGUACUUCUUCCAGGAGUCAAAGACGAGGACGUCGAAAAGAAGCUGCCGUUGACAUUCAAGAAGGCGGUCGCUGAAAAGGGUGUUUCCUUGUUCCUUGUCGACUCCGCGAAGAGCGACUUGAAACUGGAAAAUUCUGAAACCGCAUCCUUGAUCGUGCAGACCGCCUUCCUCCGAGUGGCCUUUGGACGGAAUGAGGAGGUCGCACUCCAGAAGGUGGCAUCCGUCAACGGCUACUUCUCUUUGGACUCGGUCGCUGCUGAUCUCGAAAAGACCUUGCGACAGAUCGAGGUGCCCAAGGAGUGGUCGGAGCUUGACAUCGAUGGUGAUAAGCAGUCCUUGCCAGCCAAUCUCUCGACCAACAGCUUUGCCGGUUUCGACAAGGCCGAGGAGGAGCCACCCUCAGUCCUCCGCAACUGGCAAAAGGCGGCCAAGGGCCUGCUUUUCAAAGAGGCUUACAACACGAAGAACGAAUUGCGUCCAGAUCUCCCCACCAAGACUUUUACUGUCCAUGUCAAGGAGAAUCGCCGACUGACCCCGGAGACCUAUGAUCGCAACAUUUUCCAUAUUGAAUUUGACCUAGGAACAUCCGGGCUCAAGUAUGAUAUUGGAGAAGCGCUUGGCAUUCAUGCUGAGAACGACCACGACCAAGUCAUUAAUUUCGCCAAAUGGUACGGCCUGAAUCUUGACGAUGUUGUUGAAGUUGCCGCCCGAGAUGACCCCAACGUCUUUGAGAACCGAACUAUUUACCAAGCCUUGACGCAAAAUGUUGACAUUUUUGGUCGACCGCCCAAGAAGUUCUAUGAAUCACUCGCUGAAUUUGCCGAGGACCCUGUCGAGAAACGAAACCUUCUCACUCUUGCCGGCCCAGAAGGCUUCAAAGAAUUCCAGCGCCGUGCUGAGGUUGACACUGUCACCUUUGCCGACGUCCUUCUUGACUUCCCAUCUGCCCACCCAUCCUUCCACGACAUCGUCCGCAUUGUAUCUCCCAUGAAACGGCGUGAGUACUCUAUCGCCUCAUGCCAAGCAGUCACACCGACCUCAGUGGCUCUGAUGAUCGUGGUUGUCAACUGGGUCGACUCUCAGGGCCGUGACCGCUUCGGACAAGCCACCAAGUAUUUGCGCGACUUACGUGCCGGUUCACCCGUCACAGUCAGCGUCAAGCCCUCUGUUAUGAAGCUCCCGCCCAAGUCUACCCAGCCACUCAUCAUGGCAGGUCUAGGAACUGGACUUGCGCCUUUCCGUGCAUUUGUGCAACACCGUGCGCUAGAAAAAUCUCAAGGAAAAGAAAUCGGUGCGGUUCUGUUGUACAUGGGCUCACGCCACCAGCGUGAGGAGUACUGCUACGGUGAGGAAUGGGAGGCAUAUCAAGCCGCCGGGGUGAUCACCCUGCUAGGUCGAGCUUUCUCGCGUGACCAGCCGCAGAAGAUCUACAUCCAGGAUCGCAUGCGACAGACUCUGGACCAGAUCACCGAUGCAUACAUCAAGCAGGACGGUGCCUUUUACCUCUGUGGACCGACCUGGCCUGUGCCCGACGUCACGAAUGUCUUGGAAGAAGCCAUCGCAAAGGAUGCCAAAGCAAAUGGUGUCAAGAAGGUCGAUCCUUCCAGGGAGAUUAUGAAGCUCAAGGAUCAAGGCCGCUAUGUGCUCGAGGUUUACUAGUCGCACAUGCCUGUUUUGACGCUUGCUGUCAAUAUUCAUUAUAUCCAGCAUGAGAUUGCGUAGACCAAUUUAGACUCAAUUUGCCCUAUAAAGCCAUCAUUCUUCGCUUUCCAACAAUAUGAAG